AUUGAACCCUCGCGCGGCACCGAGAAAGUCGACUGAAUGUGCAGAGAAACUUUACCGACUUUCUCAUACGGCGGAACACAGCGAAGACUGAAUGUUUCGCUUUUCUUUGCAGAUAUGAGACACAUUUUAAUUCCCAUGGUUCGGAUAUCACGCUCAUUUGUGGAUUUUAAAGACCUUCUUGUGGAUUUGCACUUUGCGUGAUCUUGAAGUGUUUGUUUUUUUGACAACGUUUGUUGGGAUUUUAAGUUCCUGGGUUAGUACAGUAAGAAACAUGCCGGAGAAAAUAAGUAUUUCGGAUUUCGUUUCUUUGGCGAAAGAGGAUCUUUCGUCUCCGGGGAGCUCUGGGUUUCAGUCUAAAAUGAGCGACUGUCGAAGCACCGUGGCCGCGCUUGAGGAGUCCCUAGAGCAGGACCAGAUGUCCCUACAGAAGAUGAAGAAAAUCGUGAAGGCCAUCCACAACUCUGGACUGAAUCAUGUGGAGAAUAAGGAGCAGUACACAGAGGUUCUGGAGAAAGAAAGGAGGGAGAAACAGAAACAGCAUGGGCUGAUCCGAUUGGACAUGACAGACACAGCGGAGGACAUGGAAAGAGAACGAAGGAACUUCCAGCUGCAGAUGUGUGAGUAUUUGCUGAAGAUUCAGGAGCUGAAAAUUCGUCAAGGUCCAGAUCUGCUGCAGGGUCUGAUCAAAUACUUUCAAGCCCAACUUAACUUUUUCCAAGAUGGACUGAAGGCUGCAGAGAAUCUUGGUCCAUUUGUAGAGAAGUUGGCAGCCUCUGUACAUACGGUUCGUCAUGAGCAGGAUGAAGAAGUAAAGCAGCUCUCUCAACUGCGAGACUCACUUAGAACACAGCUACAAGUGGAUGGCAAAGAGGAUUUUCUGAACAGAAAGAACUCCGGUCAUGGAUACAGUAUCCACCAGCCUCAAGGCAAUAAGAAAUAUGGCACAGAAAAAUCAGGAUUCCUUCUAAAAAAGAGCGAUGGGUGAGUUGCACACUACUGUCUAUUCGGCUCAAGGUUGAAAAGGUCACAACCCAUUCCAAAAACAACAACAACAGACAAAUUAUUUAUUUAUUAGCUGGACUUGUCCAAGGUUUUCCAGACAUGAUGCAGUUUUCAGCUCCUGUUUGCUUUUGGUCACAUGGGGUGACUGUGUUCCUCUGGAAACAUAGCUCUCAGUGUGUGUAGUGAAAUAUAGGCCCCUAUCCUAAAGCUGAAUGAAGAAGUGAGUUAUAAUAUCCUGAGAGAGUUAUGGAGAUUGUUAGCAGCACAAAGCAUCAGUCUGAGCUCUGUGACUUUAGGCCCACAGCCGAGAUUGUGUGUUUUUGUCACAGUGUUCCUCUCACACAGAUGUUUUCUAUUAAAUGUGCUUCAAUCUCCUGCUGCACUACAGUCUUACUUGCACUCUCUUCAAACCUCAGAGUCCAACAUACAGCUCACAUGCAGUACAUCCGGAAAGUAUUCAUAGCGCUUCCCUUUUUCCAAAUUUUUUUAUGCUACAGCCUUAUUCCAAAAUGGAUUAGAUUAAUUUAUUUCCUAAAAAUGCUACACACAAUACCCCAUAAUGACAAUGUAAAAAAAAGAUUUUUUGA